CCUUUGAGCCUUAUGCUACUGCAACUGUGAUUCCAGAGAGGUUUGGGAAUGGGGCCGGAGAAGGCGCUGGAGUCCCGCUUCUUGGUUUCAGAGAGCCUGCUGUUACUCUGUUCAUUCUAAGCAGGGGUCAGAGAGGAAGGGAGGAGGGGAGAGACUGUUGUUAUAAAAUGAGGUCACAUGCACUUUAAUAUUCAAGUUCAGUGUCUCUCAGCCCCCGCCUGUCACCGGUUCCAGCUCUCAGAGAUACCCAUUCAGGCCAAGGGUAGACCUUGGCUGCCAUUGCCUCCAGGAGACAGAAUAGAGAGCCUGGUCAUCAGCUGAGGACCUCACUGCCGCUUUUGUUGAAAUCCCCAGCACAUCAGCCCAGGUCAGCCACUCCUGGAGAUGUCUGUGUCCAGGGCCACAAGGCAAUGCUGGUCUGGCUCUGGCUUCUCCAGGCGGAGGGCAGAAGAGGGAGCCUCUCUUCUCCUGGCAGUUUAUGCUCAGCUCUGGGCCUCUUUGGCUGUAGGGCCAUGCAACAGCACUUACCCCCUGCACGGGAGCCUGCAGAGCCACAGGGCCUGGGCAGAAGGGUGUUGCUCUCAGCCACAUGCCAUGCCCUCACCUUGCUGCCGCCCUAGAGAAGCUGUGGCGGCUCCAGGUCUGUCUCCUCAGUCUUAUCCUGUGAUGAGGACAUUUGUUGCAGGGGCAGACUCCACCGGUGAUCCAUGUAAAGUGCGUGGUGCAGAGCCUGGGGCACUGUGAGCCCUCAGUCUUGGCUGCUGUCCUGUCGGCCUGAGGUCAGGCAGGAGGAUGCCCAGAGGUGCAGGGCAAGGCCUUUGAUCCUGGAGGGCAGCCCCUGCUUCUUGACCUGCUAUGAGGUUAUUCUCUGUGUGCAGUUCCCUCCUAUUACCCAAGUUUCUGGUGCUCUAUUGAAAAGUCUAGCUUUUAUUUGAGCUAUAAAGGAAGAGGUCGGUGUGUUCAGGUUUGGGGGAGAGCAUUUGCUCACCUUGCUGGUGGUGCUGAGGGAAGCUGGGAUUGGCAGCAUCCCCAGAGGGAAGUGAAUUCAGUAAGGUGGGGUCCAGAGGCCUUGGGUCAGGCCUCACACACCCAAGCCUGUUUGUACUUUUAUGAAGAAAGAUGCGUUCUCAUCCAUUAGCCCUUCUAAGUCUUCCUAACAGCCCUGCCCUGGGGAAGGCACUGUUAUUCACAACAAGCAGCCAAGGAACCUGGGACAGCAGAGGGUCUGAUGGAUGGGAGGCAGAGCUGAGCUGAGCUUCAAGAUGUGGCCGAUUUUCGGAAACUUUUUGCAAAAGCAAAGCACGUAGUCAUCAUUUCAGGGGCUGGCGUGAGUGCUGAAAGUGGCGUUCCAACUUUCAGAGGAGCCGGAGGUUACUGGAGAAGGUGGCAGGCCCAGGACCUGGCUACCCCUCAGGCCUUUGCCCGGAACCCGUCCCAGGUGUGGGAGUUCUACCAUUACCGGCGCGAGGUCAUGCAGAGCAAGUUGCCAAACCCUGGGCACCUUGCCGUUGCCGAGUGUGAGGCCCGGCUGGGCAAGCAGGGCCGACGGGUCACGGUCAUCACCCAAAACAUCGAUGAGUUGCACCGCAAGGCUGGCACCAAGAACCUUCUGGAAAUCCAUGGUAGCUUAUUUAAAACUCGAUGUACCUCUUGUGGUGCUGUGGCUGAGAAUUACAAGAGUCCAAUUUGUCCAGCUUUAUCAGGAAAAGGUGCUCCAGAACCUGAAACUCAAGAUGCCAGAAUCCCAGUAGAGGAACUUCCCCGGUGUGAAGAGGCAGGGUGCGGGGGCCUGUUGCGACCGCAUGUGGUGUGGUUUGGAGAAAACCUGGAUCCUGCCAUCCUGGAGGAGGUUGACCGAGAGCUGGCUCUCUGUGACUUAUGUCUAGUGGUGGGGACCUCCUCCCUGGUCUAUCCUGCAGCCAUGUUUGCCCCCCAGGUGUCUGCCAGGGGGGUGCCGGUGGCCGAAUUUAACAUGGAAACCACCCCCGCCACGAACAGAUUCAGGUUUCAUUUCCAGGGGCCCUGUGGUACGACUCUUCCUGAAGCCCUUGCUCCUCAUGAAACCGAAAAUGUUUCUUGAUUGUCCUGGAGAAGGAAGAGAUCAUAUACUGUAUGUCUGAGUACCAGGCCACAAAUCAAGGAGAAACAAUCUUGUAGAUGGUGAGCUGAAGAUUGGAAAGUCUAAAAAAUCCUGAUUCCCUGGCUGGAAUCCAACCUGAUGAUAAAUGAUGGGUUCUUAGAAGCAACAUGUAUAAGUAUUUAGAGGGAGAAGUGAGAGAACUAUAAAGUUAAUGCAUGUUAUUUGGUGUGAAUGUAAACAUAAGAUACCUCUGAUGUGUCUGGGAGGGAAGAAGUUUUGUAAUUCGAUUGUCUAAAAAACGUACUCAUCCCUAUUGUGGUUGUGCUAUUUGGGCAAAGAUAGAAGUACAGAGUGAAACCUUGGUAUUUGUGAUUUUUGUACAAGUUUUGGUGGAAAAUUAAGUCCCUCUUUACAGAAAGUAAUUUAGUGUAUAAAGAUGUUACCCCAAGAGA